GCGGGGGCGGAAGUGCUCUCGGAGGAAGUGUUCUGGGCGGAAGUGCUCGUUGUGCUAGUCGUGGGUGGGAUGGCUGCAGGCAAGCUCUUUCUAAAGCUGCUGCGAGUACCCGCCAGAUCCAUGGCUCAGAGCCCACUCGAGGGCGUGCCCCUUUCCAGGGGCCUGCACCCGGGGCGCGGGCCCCGAAGGCUCUCCAUCGAAGGCAACAUUGCUGUGGGAAAGUCCACCUUUGUGAAGUUACUCAUGAAAACUUACCCAGAAUGGCACGUAGCUACUGAACCUGUAGCAACAUGGCAGAAUGUCCAGGCUGCUGGCACACAAAAAGCCUACACUACCCCAAAUCUUGGAAACUUGUUGGAUAUGAUGUACCAGGAGCCAGCACGAUGGUCCUACACAUUCCAGACAUACUCUUUUAUGAGCCGCCUGAAAGUACAGCUGGAGCCCUUCCCUGAGAAGCUCUUACGGGCCAGGGAAGCGGUACAGGUCUUUGAGAGGUCUGUGUACAGUGACAGGAGUUUGCCAACCGGGUCCAGUUACAUGGCCUCAUCUACCUGCAGGCUUCUCCCCAGGCUCCACUUUGAGGCUCUGCUGGACAUGCCCGUGCUGGUGUUGGACGUCAAUGAUGAUUUUUCUGAAGACGUAACCAAACAAGAGGAACUCAUGAAAAAGGUGAACACCUUCAUAAAGAUUCUGUAACCAACAUCAGGGUGUUCUGGCUGUGGUCUGGGCUCUCUGACUUUCUGAAGCUAGAAAAAUCCUGAGUCACCCACCUUUCCACCCCCAUUCCCAUCUCUUUUUACUCCUAGAGUGCUCCGACACUCCAGUAUGAUUUCUGUUACCCUGAGACUUUGCCGUGGUCUUCUUUUAUAGCUCAUAGAUUUCUAAAAUAAAGUUUUAAGUUUUGCUUAUUUUGCUAAUCCAGUUCAUAUAUUUCAGUGUGUAACUGCUGGUGCCUGCUCCUAACUUCCCUCUAAAUGAGCCAUUUUCACCUGAGAAAAGUCUUAGCUUUCUUCUUCCUGUGUCCUUCACCAACCGGAUGUCCCUUGUGUUCACUUGUUCCCUCCGACAUGCCAGGGCCGGCAGUGCUCCCAGGACCUUAACCAGGCCCUGCCGAGCAUGAGAAGUAAAUGGAGCAGGAUUGGAUGGGUGCUCAGGUAUGAGCCCCCAGAGCUAGGAAAUGGAGCCCGAACUCCAGGAAGCUCCGUUAUCUCUUCCCAUCCAGCACCCUUGGUAUGGAGGUUGGGGUGGGGAUUCAGACCUUUGUCCUAGAGCUGAAGAACCUGGAUAAAAGAAAGAAAGGGAGGCAGGGAGAGAACAAAUCAGGAGCCCAGAAAGUCAGCAUCUGACAUUUAGGGUUUGGUCAUCCUGGCACUGUGGCCUGCUCCAAACACCUUACCCAAGGAGUUUCAGGUAACCUUAAUGGAGUGAAUCUGUCUACACUGGAAAGAAAGAAAAUUUUUGUGCUGCACUUCAAGCUUCAAGGAGAAUUUAUUGUUAAGAGAGAAAAACACAUGGCUGUAUAAAAUCAAAGUGCUCCAUUUCAAGAAGCCCGCAGGUCCAUGAGUCACUGGGAGCAGAAUUCCUGUGCUGAGCCCUGGACGGUUGUGCGGGCACACAGGCACACGAAGGAGCCUGGGGCCCGACUGUCCCAGAAGACGGGAACCUGUGUUUCCCUGUAUGCCUGGCAAAAUGAGUGAGAGAUUGCUUUCUAACAAGUGUGAUGUUUUUAAAUAACAGCACAGCAUUUCUUUAUAUCUACUUUAAAAUUUGUAACUGCUUUAUUGAGAUAGAAUUCCCAUAGCAUCCAAGGCACCCAUUUAAAGUGUACGAUUCAGUGGUUUUUAGUACAGUCAUAGGUUGUGCAGCCAUCACCACAAUUCCAAAAUGUUUUCAUCACCCCAAGAAGAAGUACCAUGCCAAUUAGUCACUCUCCAUCUCCCACCCCCAAGAAUCUGCACUCACCCCC